AUGAUUACACUGAAGUUGAAGCAGGCAAAGAAGACUUCCGAGCAAGUGGACUCUGGCACACGGAGACUCUCCAUUCGUGAUAAACUAUUGGUAAAAGAGGUGCAAGAGAUGGAAGAGAACAUGCCUGGGACGUGUGAGGCCAUCUUCACUGACCCAAGCUGUCUGCACCAGUUCUACCUGACAGUAUCUCCAGACUCGGGCUUUUGGCAAGGAGGUCGUUUCAAAUUUGUUGUCUCAGUGCCUGAAGAAUAUAAUAUUGUGCCUCCAAAAGUUAGCUGUCAGACGAGGCUGUAUCACCCAAACAUUACAGAGCUUGGUGAAGUCUGCCUCAGUCUCUUGCGGCAAAAUUCAUACGACAGUCUGGGUUGGGCUCCCACAAGAAAACUGAAAGAUGUUGUCUGGGGAUUAAAUUCCCUUUUUACUGAUCUGUUGAACUUUGAUGAUCCACUCAAUGUAGAAGCAGCAGAACUCUACGCCAGAGAUAAGGAAUCAUUCAAGGCCAAGGUCAGGGACUUUGUACAACUCUAUGCCAAGAGAUGA